GGAGGUAUUUGUUUCUGCCAGUGGCAGGAGACGGGGCGCCUUCGCAGCCACCUUCUGGCUUCCCAAGGGUAAGGUAUAUGAGGAGACGCGGAGCAUAAUUCCAUGGCCACUGCAAUUGCGCACGCAGCAAAUGGCGCCACAUAUGGGGCGCCCAAUCAUGCUGGCAGCAUUACUGGGUCGACCGCCGAACACUUAGUUGGCCCGCAAAGCAAGCCUUUCAGUCCAAUCCUUUGUUCGCCAGCAAGACUCACAAUGCCGAGACUUGGGACUUGUUCCGGCGCGCCAUCUUUCGGCACCUCCCGGUGCGCCAGCAUAAAAGCACCUUCUCUCGCACUACAUCAGCGCGCCUCGCUUUCCGGUGGCUGGCGCCUCUCCACUCUCCCAAGAGGCAGCUUCUUGUCGAGCCGGUCUGUCCUUCUCGCCCCGGCGUCGCUCAGAAGGCCCUCCGGUAAUGGUGGCAGGCGAAAUGUCGUCGCCAGUGCAGCUCGCAGUGGGGGGGCGUCCCCGGGAGGAAGUCCGAAGCGGCAGAGUAACAACGGGAGGGAGGUUCCGCUUUUUUCUGGACGAAUGGCGGACUUUGUGUCAAAUAUUAAGCGGCCGGAUGCGACGUCCGGGGGGGGAAGUUCGGCAGGGGGAAGUGGGGAGGUAGAGUCGGACAAACCGUACAGAAUCGGGGAGGCAAUCAAGCAGGCGAGGGAGAGAAUUCUGAGGGCGAGGCAGAGCAGUGCAUCAUCGAAGGCUGAGAGUGCCUUCAAGGCAGCCAGCGAGCCUGUUCCGCCCAAAGCGGCCCCCAAACCGGAGCCGGUCAAGCAGACCGAUCCGGUUGACAAACCUGACCCUGUCAAAACCCCCAAACCUCGGGCCAGGGCAAGGACGGCAUCCCAACCAGAACCGGAGGUAAAAUCAGGCGCUGAGGCGACUGAAAGUCCCCCCCCGCAAGCGAAGGCGCCGCGAGCAAAAGCAACGAGAGCGAAGGCAACUAGAGUGGUCCAGAAAAGCGUGGUGGAAGCGGACGCGCCGCGAAGGUUCAUCUCGGGACCGGAGGGCGUGGUUGCGAUUUUGGAGAAGCCGACGGCGCAGAAAAAGGUGGCGAAACCGGCGGCGGCGCCGAAAGCGGCGCGGGCAAAGAAGGCGGAGGCGAAACCGAAGGUGGCUAGACGGAGGGCGGUGACUAAGGCUGGGGAAUCGGAGCAAGGGGCGGAUGACAAGAUUUUGGAGGCGGGAAAAGCGGCUGGAAAGGGGCUUGAGGUGUCAGAAGAAUCGGCGGAAGAUUCGGAAGGGCUACGAAUCAGGGGCGCGGCGAGUGUUUCGACUCGUGGAUCGAAAAGUGGGGCUAACGGGACGUUGAAAGAGAAUGGGGCGACGAAUGGGCUGGCGGCGAAUGGGACUAGGGCGACGUUUGUUAUGGAGGAGCCAACCCUAGCGUCGGCUGCUCUUCCCAGAGCGGCAGCUUCGAAAGGUGAGGGCUGGGUUAUGACAACGGCAGGAGGGGGGGGGAGUGGAACUAUUACCAGUGUGACGGAGAAAUCGGAGACAGAAGCAGUGCGGGGUAGUCGAAGCAAUGCGGCGAAAGCCUCAGUGUCUGUUGGUGGGAACGGGCACCCAAGUUCUGCGGAAGAAGGGGAGGCCAUUGAUAGUGGAACGAUGCGGGAAGAAGGUUCGAAUGCCAACAGGAACGCGGACAAGUCAGCAGAAAAGGCGAUGGUCGCCGAGCAGAGAUCAUCUCCGCCGGAAAGCGCAAGCGAAAAGCCGACCAAAACAGAAAGCGUCCAGAACGGGAAGUCCGCGGAUACCCCCCAGUCAGAAAAGCGCGCCGGCCAGGAGCCCCCCCCCAAGAAUAGGUACGCUGCAAAGAAGGGGGAAGCGAAGAAGGAUCCGAAGGAGAAGCUGGCUGGAAUCCGGGGGGGCCUCGUUGAUCGAAUAGUGGCCAGUCCGAAAGUGUCGACGGUGCUCGCGGCGGGGGGGUCGGGGCUGGACACACCGAGCAUGGUACGGCUGCUGAAAGACCUGAGCGUGAAGGAGACGGCAGUCAAGAAGCCGGGGCUCACGGCAAAGACGUUCGCCUGGCUUCGGAAAAACAAGGCCCCACUCGACCCCGUCGUCUACACGGCCGCCCUCGAGUUCUUUGCUCGCGACGUCAACGCAAACUCUGCGCUCGAAACGCUCGCCGACAUGCGCGAGCAGAAGAUCCGGCCCUCCGCCGACCACGUGGCCCACGUGAUCGCCGCGCUCCGGGGCGCGGGGCGCUUCCGCGAGGCCGCCGACGUCGUCGCUAACGUUGGCGGCCCCGAUGCUGACGUCAGCAUGGACGCGACGUGCUUCAACGGCGCGCUGCGGGCUUGCAUCGACGGGAGACUCGGCGCCGAAAAGCUUUUUGACGUCUACGCGGCGAUGCAGAAGGCGGGGGUGACGGAAACUGCCGACACGUACGAUUGUGUCAUCGACGGGUGUCUCUUGGCGAAGGGGGAUCCCCCGGCCGUGGGGUGGGUCGCCGAAAAGAUGCAGGAGAAGGGGUUUACGCUCGACCGUGCGGGCGCCCGAGCGAUCGAACAGUUACUGAGCGGAGCGAAAGUCGACGAAGCGUGGGACCGGUUCAUCAAUUGGAAACCCAGCAAGGGCCGGUGGAGCGGGGCUCUCUACGUGCGAAUGUUGGACGGUUUGCUGGCCCGGGGGCUGGCAGAGGACGUCAGCUUGCACGUCAGCGAGAUGCAGCGGCACAAGCUCGAGCUCUCAGCCGACCAGUGGGAACGAGUGAAGAAGCUCACGAACCCCCCCGGGAGCGUGAUCCCUCCCCCGACUGCAAGUGCGAGUGCCCCUCCCUCUCCUACUGUUUCUGCCUUCCUGGACGUCAACAAACCCCGGAGCUCAUCCGAGCCCCCCCAGCAACUGUCUUCGAGCGAAGCCGGGGGUUCGAAAAGUGAACCAGCAGGCGAAGGAGGGGUCGGGUCACCCCCCCGAGAUGCCAAAGUGAGCGCAAAUGCGGCAAGGGGCGAAGCGCCGGGUCCUGUUAUGAGGAGCCCGCUGCAGACGUUGUCAGACUCGCUGGUUAAAAGGGCCACGGAGGGUAAGCUGAGGGGGAGCACGGGGGAUCCCCUUCAGCCGGAAAAGCGGCUGGUCAUGAAGGAGGUCUGGACACCCACCGGCAAGUUCUUCACGGCGCCCCGGGUGGUCCCGAGUGCAGAGGGGGGGCCGGAAAACGCGGACGAAGGCGGGGCGUCGACCCCUGCCGUUUCGGGGGGGUGUGCGGCGAUCCCAAAGAGCGGACCGGCAGAGCGGUCGGGUAGAAGUCCUUCCCCACUUAGGUCGCCACAGGGGGCGACUGUUCCGUUCCAGGGGGUAACGUCCGCCAGCUCUUCAGGGGGGGGUGUUUCGAGAGCGAGCAGUGCGGGGGGUGAGGACGAGGAGGUCCCGGGCGACCUUGCGCCGUACUGGAAGCUGAUACAGGUGCAGAUUGCGAAGGGACGGAUCGAGGGGGCGGCGGAAACGUUGGACGACGUUCGGCAAAUGGGGCUCGUUCCGACGGCGGGGAUGUUUAAGGUGGUCGUGGUUGCAUGCGGGAAGGCGGGAUUGAAAGACGCGGCGUGGAAUUUGAUUCGGGGGAUGCAGGAGUCGGGGCACAUUCCCACACCGGACGUGUUUGAGGCGUUGCGUUGAGGGACGUUGAGUUGGUGAUGCCUGCAAAAGUUUUCAGUGGGCUCUUCGAUCAGGUUAUGAGAACGGUGCGGUGCAGGGACGAUAUAUGAUGAACUUCAUCAUUGAAAGAGUGGUCAUUGAAGUGCAGCUCGUUUUGCGGCGCGGGCCGGCG